AACGGCGGAAUCGACUCCCGCGGAGCCCCACAGACAUGCACCGUCCCCCCGGUAGAGCGCAGUUCAGCCCCGGCUUCAGCCCCGGCUUCAGCCCGGGCCGCAGGGCCUCUCCUCGGGGACCUGUACGCGGCGGCUCUCCUCGCUUCUCUCCUUCGGGGUCGUCCGCAGGCGGAGGUCGGGAGUUUGCCGUAGCCCCUCCUUGCUUCUCGCCCCCUGGGUUUCAGGGGGCUACGCCGCGGGGACCCGGAGCUUCGGGGUUCAGAGGCAGGCGCCGAGGAGGCUUCAGUCCCGGAGCCGGAGCCAGAAACCAGGAGGAUGCAUCCGUGGAGAGAUACUUCAGUCCGAACAUGCUCAAGGACCCUUGGAAAGAACUGAAUCCAGUCUCUAAAGACCAGCUCCAGACCGGGUCUUGACUGGUCUAACCCACGACUAUUAGACCGGGACCAGACUGGGACUAUUAGACCGGGACCAGACUGGGACUAUUAGAUCAGGACCAGACUGGGACUAACAUCGAUCGUUUUUAAAGUUUGAAGUGGAGUUUGACCUGAAGCAGAUUUACGCUUUUAUG